CCCAAACAGCCACGUAGUUCGAGCAGGGAGGACGACGAUUCGGAGAGCCCUAACGAUUCAUAUGUGUGAAAUGGUGAAGAGAGUGGAACGUUAAUGAAAUAUCAUGGCAGGUUUCCACACGCAGGGAACUGGAGAGGUUCCGUGAGCUCGGUGCGCUAGGAGGCUCUGACCCUGUCCAUGGACAUCUUCACCUUCACUCCAGGAUGGAAAACGGAGCUAGUGAAGCAGAAUGGACCCAGCCCAGUCAUCCCCAGCCCAGAGCGGCCCCACAGCCUACUCAGCCCGCUCAACACCUGCUCCCACAUGCCAUGACGUCUCACGAACCGGAAGAACCGGAACGCUCCCCGUCUGCUAAUAAAGUUCCCAACGGUCACUUCCGAGGCGAGCCCCUGGAGAACGGAGAGGUUCAGGGAGCUGUGGGAGCGGGUAGCUCCACAGUGGGAGCUCCCAGCCCGGGUGGCGGCCCUGCGGCCUCCCCCCUGAGCGCCCCACGGGACCCAGGUGUGGCCCCUAACCCUGACAGCCUAGCGAAGCCAGAGGGCUGUGCUCACAAGGGUGACACACUGCAGUCACUAAGAAUAAGUAUGCCAAUGCAGGAGACAGAAUUGUCGGCGAACGAACCACCACUGGAGAUGGAGAAUGAGGAGAAGAUUCGUCUGGAGGCGCGACGGCGCUUGGAGGAGCAGCUGAAACAGUACCGCGUGCAGCGGCAGAAGGAGCGGUCUCAUUAUCGGGCCUCACCGAAGUCCCGCCCCUUCAGCACUCUGGACCCUGAGCUCAUGCUCCACCCCGAGGGUCUGCCACGCGCCAAUGCUGUUGCCAUGACGAAGGAAUACUCCUUCCUGCGCACCAGCGUCCCCCGCGGUCCCAAACUCGGCAGCCUAGGAAUUCCACCCACCAAAGACCGCAAGUCCAAAGCAGCCCGCCCGAGCAAGAUCCAUUCCCUGGCUGACUACAAGACUCUGGACCCGUCCGGGAACAGCUCAGAGACGCCGGGCGUGAGCGCCUCCUUUAGCUCGCUCCAGUCUGCCGUUAGUUCUGUCUCCACAGUUUCCGAAAUCGGCGUCUGCUCCGAGCCCGACGGCCCGGUGGAGUCGUACCAUGUGUUCAAGGACACCGCGUCGGAGGCAGACAGCAGCGAGCCGGGAUUCCGGCUGGACGGGAACGACAGCGACAACUCCACCUACAGCAACGCGUCCGCGGUGUACCUGGUGGAGGGCCGGGUGUCGUCGGCGGGGGCGGUGGGCCAGUUCCCCUCGCUGCACGACGUGCUGCAGGCUGCCAGCCAGGAGCAGCGGUUGGAGGUGGAGGUGGAGCAGGAGCAGGAGGCGGGAGGUGGGGCAGAGCCUCGCAGCCGCAGGGACAGCUUUUCCAGCAGUGUGUCAUAUGGAAGCUCAGUGAUGGGGACCCAUGAUGAGAUGCUGCAGGUACUGAAGGAGAAAAUGAGAUUGGAGGGACAGGUGGAGUCUCUCUCCUCAGAGGCCAAUCAGGCCCUACAGGAGAAGACGGAGCUGCAGGCGGAGCUGGCGGCGGUGAGUGCGCAGCUGCAGGUGCGGGUGGAGGAGGUGCGGCUCGGGGCCGAGCGGCAGGGAGCCCUGGCCGAGGAGCUGUCCUCACUGCGGGCCGACCGCUCCACCCUGGAGCGUGCCGUCGCCGACCUCCAGACUCAGCUGGAGGACAAGACCGCCGGCCUGGCAUCGCUCGGCAACGACCUGCAGGUCGCCGAGCAGCAGUACCGCAGGCUGAUGGGAAGGGUGGAGGAGAUGCAGCAGAGUCUGACCAACAAGGACGGCACAGUGAGUGACCUGCGGCAGCAGCUGAAUGGGCUCCAAGCGCAGGUGCAGCAGGCGCAGGCUGAGCGUGCCGCCCUCCAGAGGCGGCUGGAGACGUCACAGGCAGAGGUGCAGUCGCUGCAGCAGCUGCGUGUCUGGUACCAGAAGCAGCUCAGCCUGGCUCAGGAGGCCCGCGUGCGCCUGCAGACCCAGAUGGCCAACAUGCAGGUAGGCCAGAUGAGCCAGAUUGGCAUGCUGGAGAACCUGAAGCUGGAGAACGUGACGCUGUCUCAGCAGCUGUCGGAGACCAAGCACCGAUCUAUAAAGGAGAAGGAGCGCAUCGCUGUCCAGCUCCAGGGCAUCGAGGCAGACAUGUUGACGCAGGAAGCGGCUAUCCAGCAGAUCCAGGAUGCGAAGACAAUGGUGGAGGAAGACCUGCAACACAAGCUGGAGGAGUUUGAGGAGGAGCAAGAGAGGCUGCUUAAAGUGGCCAACAUGACGGCAUCACUAGAGAGGGAGCUGGAUCAGGUGAAGCUGGCUCUGGCUCAGAAGGACGGGCAGCUGGCCUCCUUCCAGCGCGAGCAUGUGGGCGUGAUGCAGCAGUUGACGGAGGCGCACGAGGAGCUCCAGGCCCGGGAACAGGCGCUACAGGUGCUGGAGGCGCGGCUGGAUCAGCUGGGGGCGGAGCUAGGGGAAGCGCAGGCCAACGCCGACGCCCGUGACGAGGAGCUGGCCUGCCUGCGAGACAGCAAGGCGGCCCUGGAGGUGGCGUUGCAGGCGGCUCGGGAGGAGAAGCAGCAGCUGGAUGACGGAGCCGGCCGGCUCGGGGAGGAAACGCUGGCCACCGCCGACGCGUUGGACCGCCUCCGCCAGGACGUCCAGGUGAAGGCCACGCAGAUUGAAUCCUUCCAGCAAGAGAAUGUGUCCUUGAAGAAACAAGCUCAGAAACUGAAGGAACAGUUGACACAGCAGAAGGUGAUGGUGGAGGCGUACAGGCGUGACGCCAGCUCUAAGGAGCAGCUGAUCUCUGAGCUGAAGGCUUCGAAGAAGCGCCUGGCAGUGGAGGUAAAGGAGCUGAAGGAGGAGGUCCUGCGGGUGGAGGGGGAGAAGAAGAGUGCCGAGCAGGAACAGCAGCACCUCCUACAGGAGGUGGAGAGAGUGCAGCAGCAGAUGAGCAGUCUGGAAAAUCACCUGCAGUCCAUCCAGGAGGAGAGAAACCAACUGGACACCCAGCUACAGUCCCUACAGUUUGACCAGAGUCAGCUCUCAGCUGUGACAGAGGAGAACGAGGUCCUGAGGAAGAGGGUGGAGCAGAUGCAGGCAGAGGCCGGGAAGGCGAUCUCGGAGCAGAAGGUCCGGGUGAAGCGGCUGGGGACUGACCUAACAAGCGCGCAGAAGGAGCUGAAGACCAAGCACAAGGCGUACGAGAGUGCCGUGGGCAUUCUGAGCCGCCGCCUCCAGGAGGCACUCACCGAGAAGGAGACCGCCGAGGCAGAACUAGUCAAACUCCGAGCACAGGUGGACACAGGGAGCAACAGUCAGGCCUUGCAGGCGAAGGUGGAGACUCUGCGGGCCGAGCUCCAGUCGGUUCUCCAGAGCAAAGCCCUGCUGGAGAAGGAGCUCCAGGAGGUGAUCAGUCUCACCAGCACCGAGCUCGAGGAGUACCAAGAGAAGGUUCUGGAGCUGGAGGACGAGCUCCAGGAGUCGCGCUGUUUCAAGAAAAGGAUCCGACGACAGGAGGAAGCCAAUAAGAAGCUGGCCCUGGAGCUUGAGCACGAGAAGGGCAGGCUGGCCGGCCUCGGCAAGUCCCACAGUGCACUGCGGGAGCACGCCAAGGUCCUCGAGACCGCUCUGGCCAAGAGAGAAGCAGACCUGGUCCAGCUGAAUCUGCAGGUUCAAGCUGUUCUGAAGAGGAAGGAGGAGGAAGACCAGCAGAUGAGGAACUUGGUCCAGACACUGCAGGCAGCACUGGAGAAGGAGAAGAUUAAAGUGAAGGAUCUCACAGAGCAGGUAGCGGAGGCUAAGUUGGAGGCGGGGCAUAACCGGCGGCAUUACCGGGCAGCUGUGCUGGAGCUGAGUGAGCUGAGGAAAGAUCUGCAGGCCAAAGAGGAACUACUGAAAAACCUGCAGGACCAGGCCAGGAGACUGGAGGCCCAGGAUGUGCAGCGCACUGAGGAAGUGUCCCGGUUUGAGGCAGAGCUGGCUGAGGCACAUGUGCAGCUGCAGGUGCUGCAGAAACAGCUGGAGGAGGAGCUUAACAAACAGCCACUCACUAACCAGGAGGUGGAGGACCUGAAGUGGGAGGUGGAGCAGAAGCAGAGGGAGCUGGAGGCACAGCGCCACCAGUUGGAGAUGUCUGAGCAGUGCAGCCAGAGAGAACUGGACAGUGUACAGGACACCCUGCAGAGGGUGCGGGUGGAGCUGGAGCAGGUCCAGGAGGAGUUGAACGGUACCAGGAAGGACAAGUUUGUCCUGCAGGCCAAAGUGGGAGAGUUGAGGAGCAGCAUGAAGAGUCUGCUGCAGCACAACAGCCAGCUGAAGAUGGAGCUGAAGCACACCCGUGCCAGGAAGCAGCGGAUGGAUGUGAAGGGUGACUCGACCCCCGUGACCCCUGUGAAGAUCCCUGACUGUCCCGUUCCUGCAUCUCUAUUGGACGAGCUACUGAAACCCUCCGCCUCCGUCAACAAAGAGCCGCUCAACAACCUGCACAACUGCUUACGGCAACUGAAGCAGGAGAUGGACAGUCUUCAGAAACAGAUGGAGGAACACACCGUCACCGUGGCAUCGCUGGCCAGCGCGGAGGACGAGCUCCACAGACUUGGUAUCCAUGACAACAGUUCAAGAAGGGCGACUCCAGAGGAUGAGGAGUUGGAGAAACCAGGAGACGUUCAGUGUUCGUGAAGCGCACAUGGAGGACUGAGGCCCUCCUGGACCCCUGGGAGAGCAGUGCUUUUAUCCUAACAGGCACUUUAAAAAAAAAAAACGUACAGAUUGUCUUUUGUUUUCCUUUUUUUAUUUAUCAGAUGCCAAUAUUUGGUUCUGUCUCAGAUUUCUUUAGGAAGAAUGUUUGGGUUUCCCACGGCGAUGCUCUGUCCCACAGCUUCGCUCACCCGGAUGUGUUCUGGCUGGGCGUCUGUGGUGUUGGUUCACGGUCUUUAUUUGUUUGCGCGUCAGCUCCGGGGAGGAAGGGGUGGGGCGUUCUCUGGGUCUUUGGAGUUGUGCUCGCUGGGCGUUGCUCUCCUGCUGCCAUCGGUCGUGUCCAGAUUGGCCCCCCGUGAUGCUCACAGGUCUCCUGUUUCAGGAAGCAGUGGAGUGGCAGCCGGGGUUCACGGGGUCCCGUCAUUCUGGUGUGAGACGGGUGAGAGGUCACUUUGCAUUACUGACUGGGUCCACAUAUGUAAGUGUUUGGUGGUAUAAAACAGACAGACAGGCCAACAUAUCCCCCCCCAUCUCACACACACACACACACACCCUCUCUCGCUUGCUUUGCACUACUGACUGUGUCCACAUGAGUGUUUGGUGGUUUAAAACAUAGUCAGACAGCCACACACACUGUUCUUCCAUUCCUCAGUGCCUGUGUGUGAGGCCUCCAACCGUCUGGAUGAGUAAGUGAGUGUGUGUGUGUGUGUAUCCUUCACACAGUUUCUGACAUUAUGUUUGGUAAACCCGAGUAGAGUGUCGGGCGCCUUCAGGGAUGUAGGGCUUCGUUCUUCUCAGCUCCUAAAACGCCUGCACUAGGUCGAGAAGGGUUACUGGAUGCAUUAGGUGUAGAUGUUGUGACUCACCUGGGGGCAGGUGCAGAGGUACCCCUCAUAGCCUCCUCCAGGGACAUCCGUAGGCAGGUAGGCUGGGUUGGAGUCUGAGCCCCUGAACAACCCCUGGCAGCUCGGCUGGCCUCUACUGACACCCCCCAGACCUCCUGUCUUCUCUGAGAGGGGAUAUUAGCUGGCGAAAAGCUGCUGUUAAAUACUGACUCUUUCUGGUUAUGGCUCAACCUGUGUGAUUUAGUCAUAUAGGAGCUAUUUUCAGUACUGUUAAGGAUAUAUGAACUGCUUGAAUGAGUUUCUCGGUGGCCAUGGUAAGAAUGGGUGAGGGUGUGUGUAGGACAGUCUAGCACCGAUGACCGUUCCAGUCCCGGGUGGGGAGUGUUCUAUAUUUAUAAUAUAUAUAAAAAUUUUUGACUGAUAUUGCACAACUGACUGGAGGAAUCCUAGCGAAGCGAAAUCUGUAAAAUAUUGUUACUCCUUUUUGAGUGAGUCCGACAGCCUGUUUUUUUUCUUUCAUGCUUUUGCGUUUUUGAUCAGGUUGAGUACUUUUUCAUUUCAUCCCAUCGUCGUUCGGAGCCUUGACGAUUGGACACGUGUUCCUAAAUCAAAAAAGAGAAAGUGUUUGUUUGUUUAAAGAGCCAUACACUAUCUCUCCCCAGCCAGUCGCAGCUUGGCGGAAUGCCAACGCUACGCUUUAACUGGACGGACGUGAGUUCGAGGUUUCAGUGCCUGAUGUUCGACGUCGGUUUGUACGCGAGAGUGUCCGGUGGCGCAGCACCUGAUCAGCACAGUGACCUUCAGGGCUGCGGUAUGGUCACCAGAAGACUCUGCACAGGCUCAGAGCUGCUUGUCUGUACACGUAUAUGUUGUGGUGGUUUCUCUGAGGCGCAGAAACUCCACUCCCCUGUGGAACCACACCAUUAGAGUGUCGGUUGUCUGCUCAAACAUGCUGGGUUAUAUGGGAUUGAGCUCCAUCCGUGAAACCUCUUAUCUGGGGUUAAAAGCAAGGAUCACUGUUCAGGGCUUUUUUUUCUUCAUAUUCACACACACAUAUAUAUAUAUAUAUAUAUAUAUAUAUAU